UAUGUUCAUAUUAUUCCUUUGUAUGUCUUGAUGAGUAGACUCCUAAAUAUUUAUACAUUUUAUCGUUAGCUUGAAUUGUAAUUUUUCUUUCAAUUUAUUCCUGCUGGGUUUUGUUGGUAACGUACAGAAAGGCUGCUCUGGAAGGAAGAAAUUUAGCAAGCCUUAAUUUGCUUUUAAAUCACUGUUCUUAUCACCAGGGGAGGGAGAAAGAGGAUCUUGUGGGUUACAGGGGCCAUCUCAAGUUGCAGUUUUUCAGACACAGAAAAAGAAAAGUGCCUCUAAAGGCUGAACUUCGUAAUAGCUUUUUGAUAUUCACGGAAUACAAUAUGGUUGCUUGCUUACAGCCACCUGUACCCUUUAUCCUUCUUCUUACACCUAAUAACCUCCGUUCCUUCUUCCUUUUUCUCCCCUCUUCCUUCUUUCAUGGCCUUCCUCCUGGUCCCCGUAGCUCAGGAAGUUGGGUGAACCCCAAAUUAGAUAGUCCUGACCACUGCUCGGGAUAAUGGGGGUGAUUACCUCACAGAGCCCCCAUGACAAGGCCCUCAUCACACAAGUCUUGGCUCACACGACCCCAGUAGUGCAAAAGAGAGAGAUGGAAUUAGGAAAAACUGCCAUGUUUGGCACCGGCUGAAAAUUCCCCUCCUGGGGAAGAGGGCCACAGCAUCAGGGGGUGCAUGGGCUCGCAGGGGACAAGGAGACCCCCCUUUGGCUGCCCCGACGGCGAACCUGCAGCAGGCGCCCCUCCCAGCUCGGCGGUAGCGGCAGCGGCAGCAUGUCUGUGGUCGGCAUCGACCUCGGCUUCCUCAACUGCUACAUCGCCGUGGCGCGAAGCGGCGGCAUUGAGACCAUCGCCAAUGAGUACAGCGACCGGUGUACCCCGGCUUGUAUAUCUUUAGGAUCCAAAACUCGAACCAUUGGGAAUGCAGCCAAAAGUCAGAUUGUUACAAAUGUAAGAAAUACAUUACAUGGCUUCAAAAAACUUCAUGGACGGUCUUUUGAUGAUCCCAUUGUGCAAACUGAAAGGGUUAAGCUUCCUUAUGAACUUCAGAAAAUGCCAAAUGGAAGUACAGGAGUUAAGGUACGGUACCUAGAAGAAGAUAGGCCUUUUGCAAUCGAGCAGGUCACUGGAAUGCUAUUGGCCAAACUUAAAGAGACUUCAGAAAAUGCUUUGAAGAAGCCUGUGGCAGAUUGUGUGAUUUCAAUUCCUAGUUUCUUCACUGAUGCUGAGAGAAGGUCCGUGAUGGCAGCUGCACAAGUUGCUGGCUUAAAUUGUUUAAGGCUGAUGAACGAAACCACUGCAGUUGCAUUAGCAUAUGGAAUUUAUAAGCAAGAUCUUCCACCUUUAGAGGAGAAACCAAGAAAUGUAGUAUUUAUUGAUAUGGGGCAUUCUGCCUACCAAGUCUCAGUUUGUGCUUUUAACAAGGGAAAACUUAAGGUCUUGGCUACUACUUUUGAUCCAUAUCUGGGUGGCAGGAACUUUGAUGAUGCUUUAGUAGAUUACUUCUGUGACGAGUUCAAGGCAAAGUAUAAACUGAAUGUGAAAGAUAAUUCUCGAGCCUUGUUGCGCUUAUACCAGGAAUGUGAAAAACUAAAGAAACUGAUGAGUGCUAAUGCAUCUGAUCUUCCACUGAACAUUGAGUGUUUCAUGAAUGACCUUGAUGUUUCUAGUAAAAUGAACAGGGGUCAAUUUGAACAGCUUUCUGUUUCUCUCUUGGCCAGAGUGGAACCACCUUUAAAAGCUGUAAUGGAACAAGCAAACUUGAGCCGUGACGAGAUAAAUAGUAUAGAAAUUGUGGGAGGUGCGACUCGAAUCCCUGCAGUGAAGGAGCAGAUCACCAAGUUCUUUCUUAAAGAUAUAAGCACCACCUUAAAUGCUGAUGAAGCUGUUGCAAGAGGAUGUGCAUUGCAGUGUGCAAUUCUAUCACCAGCCUUUAAAGUUCGUGAAUUUUCCAUCACAGAUGUUGUUCCCUAUUCAAUAACAUUAAGAUGGAAGUCAUCUUUUGAGGAUGGAACUGGGGAGUGUGAAGUGUUCUGUAAGAACCAUCCUGCUCCAUUCUCAAAAGUUAUUACCUUUCACAAGAAGGAACCAUUUGAACUAGAAGCAUAUUAUACGAAUCCACAUGAAGUGCCUUAUCCUGAUCCCCGAAUUGGGAACUUCACUAUUCAGAAUGUUUUUCCCCAGUCUGAUGGUGACAGUUCCAAAGUGAAGGUUAAAGUACGUGUUAAUAUCCAUGGUAUCUUCAGUGUGGCUAGUGCAUCGGUAAUUGAGAAGCAAAGUUUGGAAGGGGAUCACAGUGAUAUACCCAUGGAAACAGAAUCAUCAUUUAAGAAUGAAGGCAAAGAUGAGAUGGACAAAAUGCAAGUUGACCAAGAAGAAGGCCAUCAAAAAGGCCAUGCUGAGCAUACCCCAGAAGAGGAAAUUGAUCACACGGGUGCCAAGACAAAGCCAGUGCAUCCAGACAAGCAAGAUCGAGCAACCCAAAGUGUUAAAAAAGGAAAAGUCAAGAGUAUUGAUUUGCCUAUCCAGAGUACCCUGUACAGACAGCUGGGCCAAGAUCUCAUCAACAGUUACAUAGAAAAUGAGGGAAAGAUGAUCAUGCAGGACAAGUUAGAGAAAGAAAGAAAUGAUGCCAAGAAUGCUGUUGAAGAGUAUGUGUAUGAUUUCAGAGACAAGCUGUGCAAUGUCUAUGAAAAAUUUGUCACUGCAGAAGAUUCAAAUAAACUGUCUUCAGUGUUGGAAGAUACCGAAAAUUGGCUUUAUGAAGAUGGAGAAGAUCAACCAAAACAAAUUUAUGUGGAUAAACUUCAUGAAUUAAAGAAAUAUGGCCAGCCUAUUCAAAUUAGGUACAUAGAACAUGAAGAAAGACCGAAAGCUUUAAAUGACUUGGGAAAGAAGAUCCAACUACUCAUGAAAGUGGUAGAAGCAUUCAAGAAUAAGGAUGAAAAAUAUGAUCACUUAGAUGCAGCUGACAUGGAAAAGGUGGAAAAAUUUAUUAAUGAAGCUAUGAAUUGGUUGAAUAGUAAGAUGAAUGCACAGAAUAAAUUAAGCCUCACUCAAGACCCUGUGGUGAAAGUAGCAGAAAUAGUUGCGAAGUCCAAGGAGCUGGAUAAUUUUUGUAACCCCAUCAUUUACAAGGCCAAACCCAAAGUGGAGGUAUCUGAAGACCAAGCGAAAGCGAAUGGUGAACACAAUGGACCAAUGAAUGGACAGAGUGGGCCUGAAAGUAAGCCUGAUGCAGCCAAGGAAAGUUCCCCACAUACUAAACCUUCUACUGGAGAGAUGGAAGUGGACUAAGGCGUCGGGUCUCCAUCACAUAUUCAGACAGUGCAAGUAAUUGCAGGGCCCAUUCUUCUUUGCAUCUGGGACACCCAACAGAUGUUCUGUUGUUCUUAGCCAUUUUUGUCAUUUGUUCUUUGCAGUAGUUUUGAAAAGUGUUUUAUAUUGAGUGCACCUCUGAUGUUCAUUUCCAAUGAUUAAUGCUGCUUAGGUGAAGCUUUAGCUGAAUAGAUUGUAUAAGUCAGUUUAAGCUUUCCCAUUGUAUCUUAUGUCAGACUUGCAGAAUUGAUAGAAAGAUGGCAACAAUCUACCUUAUUUAAAGCUUCUCUUGUGGAUAAACCUCAGCUCCUUUAUUCAGGAAAGGACACUGUAUUGCACUACUGAUGCAGAAGUGUAGAUUUAAUUGCAUCGUUAUUUUUGAAAAAAAAAUUGGAAUUGAAAUGGUUUAAAGCCAUUGAAGCACUGACCUUUUUCUAGUUAUUGUAUUGUUAUAAUUUAAAUAUUAAAACAAAUAAGAGGUUAGCUGACAAAACUAGUCCAUCUCAUUGAUGUAUUGUGAGAAAUUCAAGGUUUUCUUGUCAUUGUCGACACAGAUGAACAAAAACAUGAAUUUCAAAAAGAAAACACAAUUUUGAGUUGUGGUGACACCAGCAAUAAUAUUUCCUUUACCAAAAACAUGGCUUUGAUUUCUUGCUUGUCAUUUUACCUUUACUUUGCAAGAGAUGAUCUGCUUUGGCUGAAGACAAGCUGACCUUUGGCUGAAGAUAAGCUAAUGCUGCUGCUGCUGCUAAAAUGUUAGCUUAAUGACUAUGAGAAUUUCCAGAGAAAAUAACUUCAGCUUCCUAGCUAAGAGAAAAAGCAUUGCUAACUUAUAGUCAGGCUUGCUGCUCUGUGCUCUGGUCUUGGCAAUUUUCUUUAGAUUUAAACGGUACUUAGGUUUUUAAAAAUGUUUAGUGAGCUUAUAUUUCGAAGUGAGGGAGAAGUAAUGCAACUACUCUUGGCUUAUCCUUCACCCACUCCUCUUUAACAUGAUGAUUCAUGUUGUUACACUGCACAAGAAAGCCCUUCUGCUACAGUCUUUGGAAAGUCUUGUGACUAGUAUGUAGUAUAGACUGUUGUAUGAUACAAACUGGCAAUAUUAAUUAAGCUUUCUUUAUAAUUUCUACCAUUAUGUGAUUCAUUCAAAAUUGGGCCCUCCAAUUUGAUGCUUCUAAUUUAAAUUAAUUGUGAAGGAGGCUGUAAGUUACCAAUAUUUACCAAUAAAUACCAGUAUUUCUAUGAACAUAUCUGUGCUUUUAACCAUCUGACAAUCCCCAGUAGCCCAGUACUGCCCCAAAACCUAAGCCACCAAAUUCAGAGUGAACACACACUGAAAUGAUUUUAACACCAUAGGAAAAUUGCAGGAAAAAAUCUUUAGCUGUUUGAGGUAAUUGUAGAUAUUUACAUUAGGGUAAUAGGAUCUAGUUUUAGAUAUUCCUAUGUUUAAAUUUUUUUUUCCAUACCUAUGCAAAUCAAAAAUUCUGAGCACAGUGUCUUUAUGGAAAUAUUCAUUAUUUCUCAAAAUUAGUUCUCUAAAAUAGGAAUAUUUUAUUAUUAUAGUUGUAGUCUAGGCUAAAAGAAGUAUGUUUAGCCAUGGUAUUUUAUGUGAGGAUUUUAACUCAGACUUCUUUUACUAUUAAGAAGUCUACACUGAGUUUUUAACAUCUCAGAACACCUUUCAUCUAUCUCUUAGUUUUAAUCCUCUUAAAGUUAUUUAACUAUGAACUAUAUUUGAAACAGAUAAAAUCACUUGUAUUUUCCAUUUGUUUGUUUUGGUUUGAACUUAAGAACUGUUGUAAAGUAAUACCUAAGGACCAUGGAGAAUUUAGUCUUCAAAAGAUAAUCAAAACUGCCAGGUCAGAGUAGGAGCACGGGGCUAAUCCUAGGGACCAGACAACUACUCUUGGACAUAACAAUAUGUUGUAUGUCCAUAUGUUAAAUAUAUGUGUGCACAUAGAAACAUGUUUCAUUCCUAUGUGUAAAUGCACCUUAUACAUAUAUGAAGAGUAAGGCUUUCUUCUCCCCUUCUCUCCUUUACCAUCCCAGCCUGUAACCUUCAUAUUGAAUAAAUCUGGAUCUUGGGAAUAGAGACUGAGAAAGAGUCACUCUUGGUAGUUAAGAAUGUAUUAAGUUAAACAUAAAAUCAUUUCUCCUAGCUUUCUGGAUGAUGAUGGAGCACUAUACCACCAGUAACUAAUACUUCUGAUUUACCCAAAAGUUUAUUGCUAUAUGGGCCCUUUUUCUUUACCUGUAAUUUCAUUGGCACAUAGUAAGAUGUUUGGGAAUUUCUUUUUUAAAAUUAUCUAUAAUAUAGAGAUAUUUGUAAUACAUAGUAAGAUAGGUCCAUGUAGCGUUUAAGACAAAUAAUCCAAUAUACUUUUUUAUUUCUGUGCUAGAGAAGCUUGUCAAAAUAAAAAUGAACUUACUAGUAUAUAAAUUGUUUAGUUUAAAGAAAAAAAAAUGAAAAGCAAAAUUGUCAAAUUUAAAAUUUUUUAAGUCAUCAGUCUAGUAAACUUAAAAGCUAGAAUUAAUGAUAAAACUCAUUUUGGGGGUUAUUUUGGCUUUUAAAAAACCCAACUGCUAGCUAAUUACCUAGUGGUUAUUAAUUGGGUAUAAGAGGAGAAUAAGGCUAAAAUGGGACAGGAAAAGAUGAGAGAACAGAUCUGAAAUGACUGCAUUUUGAGAACACCCCCAAAAUAAGUGACAUGGAGAACUGGGCAGUCUGAGAAACAGACAGCCAGUUUUUAAAAUUGAAAGAUAAGGGGAGAAUAUUUUCCUUUGGUUUGUUUAAAGGAAAACCAUAAAGGCAAAGCAACAGACAUAUUAGGUUAAUUUUCAUUUUAAUGUAGAUGACUAAGGGAACAGCCCUUGGGGGAAGACAACAGUAUUUAAUUUAUGAGGGAUCAAACCUCCAGAGGAGGAAAAUGUUCUUUAUUAGAAAACCCUACAGACCCAGUUAUCAGUAAUAUAAAACUAAAGCAUUAAAACACUCAAGAUAAAGACAGUAAGAUAUUGUAUAAAUUUGUAUUGUUUCCACUUAACUCUUUUUAGACAUGGCCAUCCUACUUUGUGUGCCUUUCCUAAUCAAUUUAAAUUAUUUUAAAGGCCUACAUCCUAUUAGAAUUUUUUCUGGGCUUAACCUGUUGGUGUUGGUAGUUGGAAAAUAUUUGUAUAUUUUUAAUGAUAAAUUUAACAUGUUUCCUUGCAUGUAAGGAAUAAAUCCCUAAAUAAAACCCACAUUAUUUCCUAAAGUAGAACCAAAUGAAUAUUAAUAGGCAGUAAAAAAAAAAAAUUGUUUUAUCUCCCCUUCUACCUCUGUCAAAAGUAAUUCUACCUUUGGCUUUCCUCGUUUUUCUUGUUUUUUGUUUUGUGUAUUUGGAAUUACUUGUAUACAUACAUGCAUUUGUGUAGUUAUAGUCAGGGUAUAUACAGUUAUGAUUCUGCUCAUUCUACAGAUAUUAAAAACAUUAUGUUAUACUGUGGUAGAAUAGAUUUUGAACAUUUUAUGAUAUUACUAGGAAAAGGUGUGUCUCAUUGUUAGCAGAAACAGUAUGUUAAUACUUUACAUUUGAAGUUGUCAGUAGUGUUUCAAAAUUCAUUAUUUAUGAAAUUUGCUUAUGAGGCAUUUAACUAGAAAGCUGCAUAGGUAUUAUCCUUUUUAAGCCCAUUUACUUUUUAAUAUUUAAUCACUGUACUUUCCAGAAUAUUUUUGUUUCUUAAUUUUGGUGACUUGAUGCAAUUUAAAUCAGUGAUCACUUUUGAAAGUGAUUUUUAAAACCUUUAAAAGAAUUUCAGUUCUAAUGCAUUUUGCCUUCUUAGAUUAUAUUACAGUUUUGUCAUAAUGAUAAUUUAGGAAAUUUCUUAUAAAACUUAGUAAAUUUCAAAAAAUUAUCUUCUUUUCUGGACAGUAAGUAGGUUAAGAAUUCAUUCUACAACCACUAUAAUUAUUUUUAGUGUAAUGUUCAGGAUAAUAUCAUAUAUUAUAUAUAUAUGAGCAAUAUAUAUAUAUAGUUGACCAUAAUAUCAAUAAAUAUCCAAAAAAAAUUUUUUUUUCACUAAAAAGGGUAGUUCAGUAAAACAAAUGGAAAAUACUGCCUUUUCUGCCCCCAAAUCAACUAGUCCAGAAGAGCUGUUCUUAAGUAUUUCCUUGCAAAUUUUUGCUUACAAUGAGCUUUUCUUUGCAACUAUAGUUAGAACAAUACAUUUCCUACCUUGGAAAUUCUGGUUUUCUUCUCUGUUAAUUCCUUCAAAUUAUGGGUACAUCUUGAAGAUAAAAGUUUGUCAAAAAGCUUGCAUUGCAGCAAGCAACUUUAUGAAAUGUGGGGUAAGAGAAAUACUGUUUUGCCCACUUUUGCAAGGAAUCUGUACAUGAAGGUCAGUAAUGGCAAUUUGUAGACAUUUGACAAAUUUAAAUAUAACUAGAAUGUUCAUUGGCUCACUAAAGUUUGAAAGAAGGAUUUUGACUUAUUUCUAUUUAAAGAAAAAAAUCAAAGAGUAGAAGGUAAAAUAGUAAAUCUUUGAGGUCUUAUGUAUUUGCUUCUUUGAACUUAAUAUACCAACUAAUCAGUCCAUUUAAAAAAAAAAAAGAUUAUUUGUAUAUCUUUUUUCUCUUUCACAAGCCACUUAUUCUUUGAACAGAUCCUAUUAUACCCAACCCACAGCAUUAUGUGGGUUCUUGAAUGCAGUUGGGCUUCCUUAGAAAUGGAAAUACUAUCUAUUUGUUCCAUUUUAUUUAUACUUUUGCCUUUAUAGCUUUUUUUUAGUUCUUACAGAUUUCACGAUUUUAUUUAAGAAUAGUUUUCAUUUUUAAAGAAUUUUGCUUGGAUUUUUUUUAGUCUUAUCUAUAUAUUUUUUGCUUUAUUAUCUCCAAUCCCCUUUCUUUCAGACUAAAGUACUAAUAUCCAAUUACUCUCAUGAAUAAUUUGCUUAGCUUUAGUAUCACUUUUUCUUUUUAACUACUUUUCUAUUGACCCUUUCUUCAGGUUUCUGCUGUUGCUUUUUUUUGCUCAUAUUCAGAGUGUAAUAUUCCUAAAAUGUACUAAGAUAAAUAAUAGAAGUACAGGGUUUUUUUUUUUAUAAUCUCUUUUAAAUGCUUUAAAGUUUCUUUGAACUGAGAGGAAUAAAUUUUCUGUACCCAUUAUAUGAAAGAACCUUUUUUCUUAAAAAAAAAAAAAAAGAAAAGAAAAAAGAAGAAGAAGAAAAAGAAAAGAAAAAAAAAGAAAGAAAAGAAAACGUAGAAGCCAAAACUCAAGAAGUCACUUAAACAUUAGCCUGCAUUUCUUUUGCAUAGGUAUUGUAAAUGGUGAUUGUUUCACUAUUCACUAAGAAACUGCAUUUUUAAAACUUGUUUUUGCUUCUAAAAGGACUCAUUAGUUAUAUUUUUUCUAAAAUGUAAGUGCUAUUUUAGAAUCUAGAACAUGAAAGCAGAAAUUCAUUAGAAAUAGAGAUGGAUAUAAAUGAACUUGAAAAACAUUCCCCCCCAAAAAAAAUAUUUGAUAUUCAAUAUUUUUCCUUAUGACCAACUGCAAGAGAAAAUAAUUUUUUUUUAACUCAGCAUCACAUGGUGGGAAGGUGUUGUUUACAUUGUUAAUUGCAAUUACAAUUGUUCCUUCCUUCUUGGCAGCUUAAUUUCUAUUCACAUGGGUUUUUUUUACCCCUGUGAAAAAAGGAAGAUGGCAGUGUUCUUGAGUCUUUCUAGAAUAUGAAUCAUCCAGCAGUUUAGGAGGGUAAAUAUGGGGAGCAUUUUUAUAUGCCUUGCCCAAAUUUUAUAAGAAGACAUCUCAUUUGAAAGUACUUGUGUGAGAAUGGUUUUCUGAUUAUGACAACUUGGUAAAGUACCUGAGGUGCUAUCUGUUGGAAAACCUAUGGAAAACUUUGUGAUAAAACUUGAAUAGCCUGAUGACAGUAGCAGUGUCAAAGUUUGAAAGUUUGCUGUGUCUGUAACUUAUAGGAGUGAGAACACACACACUGUCAAGCACUUGUGUAAUUAAUAAUAAUGGAGGGAAACCAGUAUGUAAACUAUUAAUUUUGCCUACUUGACAUAUGUCAUUUUUAUGCAAUUAACCUUAACCUUACCGUGAAAGGUAUACACUCCAUCUCUUAUUUCUUAUAGAUGUUGGGUACCAACCAGAUUUGUUUGGAAGAUUUUGAUGGUAAAUGCACCCCAUUCUAUAUGAGGCUAUUUAUUUAAUAUUUGUCAGUAAUAUUGGCAGAAUAAAACUUGAGACUACAGUGCUUCUAAAAACUAAAAGAUAAAUAAAUGAGUUCUUAAACUUUUGGUAGUUUACUAAUAGGGUAGCAAACUAUUAAACAUUGAUGUGCAUAGUAAAGAUUAUACUCUACCUGCCCAGUCAUAUUUUCUGUCUGUUCUUAGAAUAUACAUGAUGCAUUUGUGAAUUCUAUUUGUUUUUUGUUUGUGUGUAAAUUGUAGGAUUAUGGCUGUACUUCAGGAUUGAUUAUCUUAAGCCAAUGAAUUUUUAAAUUUUUUAAUAGUGUUUUUAGGUGUUUUCCUUUCUACAUUGAAAACAUACAUAUUCUUUGGGAUUGAGAUAGAGGGACUCAAGGAUGUGCAGAGGUGCUCUCAAUGUUAUAUCUCAACCUUGCUGCUGCUAUUUAUAUAAUAUUUGAAAAAUAUUUCUCCAUAUUGGUAUUAUCAUCAUCUUGUUAACAAACUGCUGUGCUUACAAUAAAUUGUUGUUUGAAUUAGUGAGGAUACAACAACCAAA